GAUUUCGGGGAGCACGUUCAUCUCGUGGGUUCGAUCUUUAUUCUUCUAGGAGUAACUGCAACGCUUGGGUGAACAGUUCAUCGUGUCAUUAAAAGCCAGCUCCGGUGGAAGGCCCCAAUGGCAGCUUCGUCUGAACACUAUGCCGAAGCUGCCGAAAAACGGGACAAGCGGAAGACUUCAGCCAAGAUGCUUGUCACACUAUUUCCGAGGAUCCCAAGGACAGCGUCUGUGCUGCUGGAGUUCUUCAUCAAGCGUGAAACGAGCGUGUCCCUUUUCCGCGAGCCACUGUCUCUCUUCUGCCAGGAAGAGGUCGUGCUGCACGCGAAGGAGUGUCUGCUCAAACUCAACAAGCAAGUGAUCAACUACCAGGACCUUCGUGACAUGUUCGAGAAUUUAGCUGGUUUGCACAACAUGCAGUGUAUCCGAAAGAAUCUCGAAGUGGCCAAGAGCUUAGGAACCAUGGUACGCAAGCUAACCAUAAUUGUGAGUGAAGUGGCUACCUCCUUGGAGAAGAUCGCCGAGGUAUCUGUCACUGACUGGUUGGCCAUCGGUGACGCAAUCGUCAACAAGCUUGAUAAGCGAACCAUCCCCGAGCAUCCCCCAUUUUCCGCCUACAUUCCCAAAAUACAUGACUUCGAGACAGUCCGGAUGCUAGGAGCAGGAGGCUUUGGAGCUGUUUACCAGGCAACGUAUAUUCCGGCCAACUUUGUAACCACAAUUAAACUGGUAGCGAAUGACCGCUUCGCCAGGAAUAAGCAAGCGGCCAUGGACAAAGUGGUAGCGUCUGUCGUGCGAAGCCCGUUUCUGGUCAAGUACUACUGCUGUUUUAGUGUCAAGGAGGCAUACGUAACCGUCAUGGAGUGGGUCUACGGCCUGGACCUUAUGCGGGUGGUUACGAAGGAACAGUUCAUCGAAAUCAAUGCAGUCCAGAUCAUCAUGGCGCAGCUUAUACUUGCUCUUGAACAUCUUCAUUUUCGGGGUUUUCUUCAUCGAGACAUCAAGGUGUCCAACAUGCUUAUCAUGCCAGGCGGCCGGGUUAAGGUAAUCGAUUUCGACACUGCCAAGACAUGCCACGGUCACUACUCGAAGCGGAUACUGCGCGGAUACUUCAAGAGAACGCCAUUCGAAUUCAAUGACGGCGAGUGGGCAGGCACAGUACCCUACAUGGCACCGGAGAUACUCAAGCGACGACCGUACGGACGAGCAGCAGACUGGUGGUCUUCUGGCAUUGUCAUGUACAAGCUUAUGACGGGGCGGGUACCAUUCCGAGGCAAAACGAAGCAAUUUCUCCGUGAUCGAAUUAUUACGUCGCCGCUAAAAUGGCCCCGCAUUGAGGAACAUCCCCAUUCAGCCAACGUCCCAGCGAAGGAUAUGGCCUACCGGAUGCUGAAGAAGAACCCCGUUGAGCGCUUGGGCUCCCGCAGUUACAACGACCUGAAGGGCCACGAGUUCUUCAAUCGCCUUGACUGGGAAGGACUGUACAGUAAAAAAACUUUGUGCGACAUCCCCAGCAUUAAGAGACUCCUCAGCGACGACAUGGAACGCAAACGCAUGACUCCUCCGGGUGAAUGCCACACUGGGCCUCAUCAACGAGUUGAGGAAAUGACAGACUUGAGCCCCGACAUCCAGAAGCCUUUGUUCUGUUACACGUCGCCGUCGUUCAAGAAGCUGCUGACGACGGUCAAGGAAAGCAAGACAGCGGUUACUUUGACCGAGACGUUCAUGGACACUAGCGACUCCGCCAGCUCUGGUAUAGAUUAUGGCAUUGCUACGCAGGGACAAUCGUCCAAGACAGCUACAAGUGAGAGGGAUAGUCACCACUUCGGACCAGAAAAGAUCGACAUCAUACUGUUCAGAAGAAAGAAAUUUUGCAAGUACUGGGGUUAUGGAUUCAAGCUGCGUAAACGGAAAGGGGAAGAAAACAACGACUUUAUUUACGUAGAGAGUGUAGCGCCUGAUAGCCCCGCCGACCAGUCGCAGCUGCUUCCAUUGGAUGUGAUACUGUCGGUGAAUGGUACUUCCGUGGCCGAUAUGCCGCUCGAGAAAGUUCACAAACUUAUCAGAAGUUCCAGCGACCAAAUGGUCCUCUCCGUGAUGGCGGCAAGCGUCUACCGUCUGCUGACCACUCGACGCGACAUGAUGGCCUUCGUGAGGACAGUACCGAAACACACGCUCAUUUUGGCCAGGAGGGACUCCACGUGUGCGGGCGGCAACCCGUUCGGGAUCGACAUAAUCGACGCCAACACGUGGGAUAGCACGGGCAAACAAUUCUGUACGUUAUUUGUGCUUACGCGGGCCGAUGUGUCCCCGUCCAUGGGCAGCCCGUUGUUUCCAGGAGACGUCUUGACUGAAGUGGGUGGAAGGGAACUGGAAGGUGAAACCACUGGCAAGGUCAAGCAAAUACUCAGGGCGAGCAACAAAGAUGUCACUAUCACUGUUGUUCCUCUUUCAUCGCUUCGCCGAAAGCGCAUCAUGGUCAGCAAGCUACGUGAAACAGCUAUAACGGACGUCAAUGUUGCCUCCAAGUCAACAGGAGCAGAGAUUGCCAGUUGCGUAGACUGAAGUCUCUUCACGGAUCUGGAUACUCUGAUUAGCACAGAUAUGCAACAAUACGAUAACAUGAUGAUUGAGAAAAUGCGUACAAAGUCUGACGCGAUUAAUUUUUUGAACUUGAUACAUAUUUCAUUAAAACAUAUUAUGU